AGGGCGCGCUCGGCCCGCAGCCCCGCUCUGCUGCCCUGAGGAAGUUCUCCCGCGCUGCGGAUGCGGCAGCCCCACUCUCCUGCCCUGUCCUGUCCCGUCCCGGCGCCUCCCGCGCGUCCCGGAGCCCCCCGGCGGCGCGUCCUCCCCGCCCCGGGCGCUGCGCAGUCUGUCAGAAGGUCCAUGUCACUCCAGGGCCUGAUGAUGAAGCGGACCUCGCUGUGCUGGCCCCUGUCUUGCCUCUUUGUGCUGCUGCCCUGGCCUCUGGCCACUCCAACAUCAAUAACUCCUUGGCUGUGUCCACCUGGCAAGGAGCCUGACCUGGACCCAGGGAAGGGCGCAUUCUGCCAAACCUGCCCCCCAGGCACCUUCUCGGCCUCAUGGGACUCUCAUCCAUGCCAGUCUCAUGAUCGCUGCAGCCUUCGAAGGAGGUUGGAGGCCCAGGCUGGCUCAGCAACUCAUGAUACAGUGUGUGGAGACUGCCAGCCUGGAUGGUUUGGGCCUCGGGGAGUUCCUUAUGUUCCAUGUCAGCCAUGCUCCAGGGCACCUCCGAGUACUGGUGGCUGUGAUGAGUCAGGGCGACGGGCCCGGCGUGGUGUGGAAGUGGCGGCAGGUGCCAGUGGCCAUGGUGAGCCUCGGCAGUCUGGGAAUGGCACCCGGGCAGGCGGUCCUGAGGAGACAGCAGCCCAGUAUGCGGUGAUUGCCAUCGUGCCUGUCUUUUGCCUCAUGGGGCUUCUGGGCAUUCUGGUGUGCAACCUGCUCAAGCGGAAGGGCUACCACUGCACGGCCCACAAGGAGGUUGGGCCCAGCCCUGGAGGAGGAGGCAGCGGGAUCAAUCCUGCCUAUAGGACAGAGGAUGCCAACGAGGACACCAUUGGAGUCCUGGUGCGCCUGAUCACAGAGAAGAAAGAGAAUGCAGCGGCCCUGGAGGAGUUGUUGAAAGAAUAUCACAGCAAACAGCUGGUACAGACGAGCCACAGACCUGUACCCAGGCUGCUGCCAGCCUCCCCUAGCAUGCCACACAUCUGCCCACAUCGCCAUCACCUCCACACUGUGCAGGGCCUGGCCUCACUCUCUGGCUCCUGCUGCUCCCGUUGUAGCCAGAAGAAGUGGCCAGAGGUGCUGCUGUCUCCUGAGGCAGCAGCGGCCAGCACUCCUGCUCCUACCCUCCUGCCCAACCCAUCCAGGGCCCCCAAGGCUAGUGCCAAGACAGGACGUCAGGGUGAGAUCACCAUCUUGUCUGUGGGCAGGUUCCGUGUGGCUCGCAUUCCUGAGCAGCGGACCAGUUCAUUGUCAUCGGAGGUGAAGACUAUCACGGAGGCUGGGCCUUCGGGGGGUGAUCUUCCUGACUCCCCACAGCCUGGUCUUCCCCCUGAGCAGCGGGCACUGCUGGGAAGUGGUGGAGGCCAUACUAAGUGGUUGAAGCCCCCAACAGAGAACAAGGCCGAGGAGAACCGCUAUGUGGUCCGGCUAAGUGAAAGCAACCUGGUCAUCUGAUGGGCUGUCUAGAAUUACGUUCUGCCCUGCCCUGGGAGGUUCUGAAGGCUUCCUGCAGGAGGGAGAGCUACAGCUGGGACUGAGGACCGAGAUGCAAAGGCCUAGCAGACAAAACAGCAAAGGCCAAGGCCUGGAGUGGGAUCGCCCGCCCCAUUGAGGAGGCAGCCUGCGGCACAGCACGUGAGCAGGAGAUCAAGAGCCCACCCCAUCCCUGCAGCCCCAGUUACUUCCCUGAAGGGUGCCCUAACCCUGUGCCUGUCCUGAACACAUCAUAGGAGCCCUCUGUCCCCUAGGAGUCUGGGUUGGUGGAGGAGUGGUGUCGGUCCCCGGUCGGUCCCCAGCUUGUGCCUUGGGAACUAGCCACUCUUCCCACACCCUGGGCCCUGGCCGUGCCUCCCUCUCUUCUGGCAGGCCCUUCAAAGGGGAGGGGUAGCCAAGAGCCCUGGACUGGUGGCAGAGUACCUGGGUUCCAGCUUUUCUGACUGUGAAAUGGGGGAGGAGAGCUCAGUUCCCAGGACCUUUUCAGCUCUUUGCCGGUUCUGGGCUGAGUCCUGUUGGGGGGAGCUUGACUUUGCUACCCUCCCAUUAAUAGCUUUAUCUGGCCUGUUUUUGCUGCUUCUGGGCCUUGGCCUUCAAGGCUCUCAUGGGACUAUUAUGGCAAUGCCUACACAAGGGGCUUAUGCAUGUGCCUGCCCCUACCCUGCUAUUUGUAAUGAAACUGAGAAAUGACCUGACUUGUACAAGGCUCUGCUGCAGAGCCCCGGGCCAUCCUGCCGCCUUCAAACUGCGGGGAGUGGAGAAUGUCGGGCUAGAGUGCCUCUGGUCUGUGGUUUCCACGCUCCUGUGGUAGUGUCUGCGGGUAGCAGGCGUGACUGCCGAUCCAGCCCGUCUUGGUCUCCGCUCUGGCUCAGGACCUGAUUAUUUAUGUGGGCCGCGCAGGCGCAGGGCCCACUGACCAUCCCACUUCUUAUUUAUUGAAACCUGCCGUUGCCCUGUCCCUACAUCUCCAGCCCCACACCCUUGAGUAAUAAAAGGUGGAAAGUGGUGUCAUGAGGCGCUUCCUUUCCUGUUCCCACCCUGGAAACCUGUUUGCUCACCUCACGCUUCUAGGGGCUUGCCCAGUGUGCUCCAUAGCGUCCUUCCUCAUCAGCAGGAAGCCAGGGCAACAGGUAGCGGUGGCUUCAUUCUCACCAAGGUCCCCAGAGGCCAGGCUUCCCAAUAGAAAUACAGACUGAGCCGUGUGUGUGGCUGAAAGUGUUCUAAUAAUCAUUCCAAAAAGUUUUUUUAAAAAGGUAAACUUAAUUUUAAUAUUUUAACCCAGUAUAUCCAGAAUGUUUUCAUUGCAAUAUAAAAUAAUUAUGAAAAUGA